AUGGAGCCGUCCGCUGCGAUAUCUACAACUUCCUCCACUCUAGCCCAGCCUGACGGGAAAAAACUUCCAGAGAUGGCCAAGGAGCAAGAUGAGAUGUCCCAGGGAAAGGAGGUCCCGGCGUCGUCUGCGGAUACGGGCUCGGGAGGAGUCACACUACUCAUGACUGUUGUAGCUCUGGCGCUGAGCAUGUUCCUCGUUUCACUUGACAUGACCAUCGUCGCAACGGCUAUUCCGAGUAUUACUAGUGAUUUUGGUGGCAUCGAGCUUGUGGGCUGGUACGGAUCGGCAUUUUUUAUCACCCUGGGGGGAUUUCAAGCUGCCUGGGGCAAAAUAUAUAAAUACUUUCCGCUCAAGAUUUCAUUUCUCGUGUCUAUCGUUCUUUUCGAGGUCGGGAGCUUGAUUUGUGGAGUCGCACCCAAUAGCCUGACAUUAAUUGUUGGACGAGCGGUCACAGGCAUUGGAGGCGCCGGGAUCUCCUCCGGUGCAUUUACCAUCAUUGCUUUAUCUGCGUCUCCAAAACAACGACCAGCGUACAUUGGGAUUCUAGGAGCCUCCUAUGGAGUCGCGGCUGCUAUCGGCCCUCUAAUCGGGGGCGCUUUCACCAGCAAUGUUACAUGGCGAUGGUGCUUCUACAUCAAUCUACCCAUCGGUGGGGUUGCCGGAGUGAUCAUUCUCCUUUUCUACCGACCUCCUCCCCCAUUGCUUUUCCUUAAGGACCCUUUGCGAGAGAAGAUUCUACAGUUGGACCUUCCUGGCACUGCACUUCUCAUCGGUGCCAUGAUUUGUUAUGUCCUUGCCCUUCAAUGGGGAGGAAUCACACGUCCCUGGAGUGAUUCUACUGUGGUAGGGACUUUGGUAGGAUUUGGGGUCCUACUAAUUACCUAUGCUCUAGUGCAAUGGGUGCAAAAGGAACGUGCAGCAAUGAUCGGUCGCCUUUUCCGACGGAACGUGGUGAUCUCAAUGAUUUAUAUUGACUUACUGGCGGGGACGUUCUUUUUGCUGGUCUACUAUCUGCCUAUCUAUUUCCAGGUUGUGUCUGGUGUCUCUGCAGCUGAAAGCGGAGUCCGGAAUUUGCCAUUGAUUCUGGCACAGAGUGUGGCCACUGUUUCGUCAGGGCUUGUCCUGACGCUCACGGCAGUUGGAUCUGGUCUGCUAUACACAUUGAACAUCAAUUCAGAUGCCAACAAAUGGAUUGGAUAUCAAAUACUAGCCGGCAUCGGUAUUGGAUGGUGUUUUCAGGUACCGGUUGUGACUGCUCAGUCUGCAGUACCACCAGAAGACUUACCUUCUACAACAGCCAUGGUUUUAACGGUUCAAACUAUAGGAGGCUCGGUUUUUGUAACUGCUGGCCAGUCUGCGCUCGAUAACGUCCUUCUCAAAAUGCUAGGCAAAUCCUCCAGCAUUGACGGUGCAAAAGUGGUCAUGACUGGUGCGACUGACUUGCGCAAAACCUUUGAUUCGACACAGAUACCGGCAAUCCUGGUAGCAUACAUGAAGGGCAUUCAGGCAGCCUUUCUCAUUGCAGUUGUCGCGUCUGGUCUAGCCACCGUUAUUAGCUUGGGAAGUCGAUGGAGAAAGCUUACUGGUCCCAGUGGAACGGCAGUUGUAUAA